CAAGAUGGACUCGAAAGGUCUUGUUUGACAGGACGUUAUGAAACAUGUGAAAGAACCUAACAAAAAUUAAGCUUGUUUGGACAAAAAUGGGCAGUAUGUCGAAAAUGUUAGAUGCAGCAACGAAAACGAAAUUUUCCCGUGUCCACGUCGCUGCGGGUACAGCUGCAUUUUUACUAGCAGCGUAUGGGAUCAGAAAAUAUUAUCCAAAAAUUAUUGUAAACAAAAGGUCAUCAAAUUCGUCUCGACAUCGAACAGAUAAAAAUAAUUCUCCAUUGUACGAUGCAGGUGAAACGCCUCAAAAUGGAAAACUGUUCAGAUCUAGUCCAGGUGUGAAUAAAGAGUUCUAUAAUCAACUCAAAGAUUUGUUGAAAAUUAUUAUCCCUAGUCUCUGGUCAAAGGAAUUUGCAAUCUUAAUCCUGCAUACAGCCAGUUUAGUAACCAGAACCUUUCUUUCUAUUUAUGUUGCAAAAUUAGAUGGGAGAAUAGUUAUGACAAUUGUUCAGAGAAAUGUAACAAAAUUCUUACUACAGUUAUCUAAGUGGUUGCUGAUAGCCGUCCCUGCAACAUUUGUGAAUAGUUUAAUAAGAUAUUUAGAGUGUAAACUUGCUCUUGCCCUUCGUACUAGAUUAGUGAACCAUGCCUACAAUUUAUAUUUUAAAAACCAAACAUACUAUGCUGUUAGCAACCUUGAUAAUAGACUCUCUAAUGCAGAUCAAUGUUUAACAGAAGAUGUUAAUAGCUUUGCACAGUCAUUAGCACAUUUGUAUUCAUGUCUUACCAAACCACUUUUAGAUGUAGCACUCAUGUCAUUUGCUCUGUAUAGUUUGGCAAACAGUCGUGGAGCUAGUUCUAAGAUACCUAUUGGAAUAGCUGCUAUUGCUAUACUUGUAACAACAAAGAUUCUCCGUGCAGUAUCUCCAAAGUUUGGAAAAUUAGUAGCAGAGGAAGCAAAGAGGAAAGGCUAUCUACGUUUUGUGCAUUCCAGAAUUAUUGCAAAUGCUGAAGAAAUUGCAUUUUAUGGGGGCCAUCAGGUUGAGCUGACACAUUUGCAAAAGAGCUACAAAUCUCUAAUUGAUCAAAUGGAUAUAAUAUUCUCUAAACGACUGUGGUAUGUGAUGUUAGAACAGUUUUUAAUGAAGUACUUGUGGAGUGCAAGUGGAUUAGUAAUGGUGGCUGUACCUGUGAUAACUGCUACAGGUCGACGUACAGACGGAACUUUAGUAGAUGAGGAUGAGGAUGGUGGAGUGAGUGAAAGAACUAGAGCUUUUACAACAGCUAGGAAUCUUCUCAUUAAUUCAGCUGAUGCUAUAGAAAGAAUGAUUUCAUCUUAUAAAGAGAUAACAGAGUUAGCCGGAUAUACCUCAAGAGUUUCAGAAAUGUUUAAAGUGUUUGAAGAUAUUAACAAUGGGCAUUAUUCACGUCAGCUGGUAACUAAACCUAAGUCUAAAAACCUUGAUCAUGUAGAUGGACAACUUGAAAAAAGAGGUGAAGUAGUUGAUAAAGAUUCUACUAUUUAUAUAGAAGAUCUUCCUAUUAUUACACCUAAUGGUGAUGUUAUAGUGUCUAGUCUUUCCUUAAAGAUGGAACCAGGUAUGCAUUUAUUAAUAACAGGUCCUAAUGGCUGUGGUAAAUCAUCCUUAUUUCGUAUACUAAGUGGAUUAUGGCCAGUUUAUGCUGGUAAACUCUAUAAACCACCACUUUCAUCUCUCUUCUAUAUUCCACAACGUCCGUACAUGUCAAUAGGUACAUUAAGAGAUCAAGUUAUUUAUCCUGAUACACCUGAUGAUAUGAUGAAGAAAGGAUUUGUAGAUUCAGAUUUAGGAAACAUACUAGAUAUAGUCCAUUUAAAACAUAUUGUCAGUAGAGAAGGCGGAUGGGAUGUUGAAAGUGAUUGGAAAGAUGUAUUAUCUGGAGGGGAGAAACAACGAAUGGGAAUGGCUAGAAUAUUUUAUCACAGACCACAGUUUGCAUUACUAGAUGAAUGUACUAGUGCUGUUUCUAUAGAUGUUGAAAGUAAAAUAUAUCAAACAGCUAAAGAUUCAGGAAUUACUUUACUAACAAUCACACACAGACCUUCUUUAUGGAAGUUUCACACUCAUUUACUACAGUUUGAUGGGGAGGGUGGAUGGAGAAUGGAACAACUUGAUUCCAGCACCCGCUUAUCUUUAAAUGAAGAGAAGCAACAGUUAGAAACACAGCUUACAGGAGUUCCUAAAAUGCAUAAAAGACUUCAAGAAUUAUGCUCUAUUUUAGGAGAGGAUUCGAUUUUAUUGAACAGAAAGGGAAGUUUUGUUAAUUUAGAACUUCAAGAUCAGUAAAUUCUAGUUUUAAAGCUCUAUUAUUUUAAAAGGCUAUGUCACCAUUCUUUUUUUAUAUUGCACAUUGAAUGUAUCUUUUAGCAUCAAUGAUCCAUGACAUUCCAUAACUUUUAACAUAAGCUAGAUCAGUAUAUUGUUUCAUUUUCAUGCCCUUAAAGAUGUAAUUGCUAAAUCAUCAUAUUGAAGGUUUUUCAAAUGUUAUUUAAGUUAUUAUUUAGAAAUUUAUUCAUAUAAGAAACUCUCUACACCAUUGGGUGACUUGGAUAUUAAUUGGAUUAGAGUCAAUCGGUUAAUGAAAAAAUGGGAAAUCAAGACUUUGUUUAUUAUCGUAGCAACAACAAUCCAUGACUAUGCUAUUCUUGUCAAAACUUCAGACAUUCAUAACUUUGCUCAGAAUAAUGUAAUUUGACUGAUAUUUUCCAUAAAUUUAUUUUUCACUAUCAGUUAUAGCGAGAACGACCUGCUCUUUAUAUAACUUUUACAUAUUGCAUCUUUAAGUAACUAUUGUUUAUACUCUUUUACUGGUGUUUACCAGUAAAAAUAGAUCUCCAGAAUAUAUUGAUGACCUGACAUGGUUGCUGAGUUUAAGUGGAGCAAGGGCGUAGUUCAUCAAAGGUCUUUUUUAGAUUUUUAAUUCAUAUUUGGAAGUUAAUUACACAUACAGACUCCAUGUAUUUAUAUUGUAUUCUUGUGGUUAAAAUAUGCUGAAUACUUUUUUGAAGGAGUAAUUUUAGGGAAUAAUGACAGCUAUGAUCAGUAUAUAAAUUAUAAUUAUUGUGUGUGAUAAAGGGACAUGGGAUAUAAUGAAAUAAAUGAAAUGCAGGUGAAUUUAAAUAAAUAGUUGAAAGGACACCCCAAAUGUUUCUAGGACAAGUGGAUUCUGUGUCUGUGAAUAUGAUAUAACAUUUUCAGAAAUGAACAAAUAUACAUGUAGAACAUUUUGGAGUCAGUGGAUUUGUUUGUGGGUGUGUGUUUGAAAUUAAAAUUAUCAUUGAAAUACUCUAUUGGAUUUGUUUAAAUGGAUAUGUUGUAUUUUUUUUUUAUAUUUUAUUAAAUGCAUUGUAUAAUGUCUGGAUUGCUCAAUGAUAUUUAUUUGUGAAAAUCAUGGUAAUUAAUUGAAUUCACAGGAAAAUUUGAAAUCAAGGAAUAUAGACUUUUUUAAAAUGCAUCUCCGCCACACUUGUUUUGAAAGUUUCUGGAUAAUAAUGGGCUUCUGUAAUAGAAUUUCAUUGUCCAAUCAUGACAAUCAUUUACUACUAUAGCUUCAGAAAGUAUAUGGACAUAGUUAUCCAGUCACUGAACAUGAAAUUUGGGGCCUUAUUUCUAAGUACACAUGGAAACUCAAAGUUUGUACUGCUUCAUAAAAUUAUCGCAGGGAUGCAGAUAACGGCAUGGGACAAGGGUAAAUGUUUCUGAGAGUCUUUCACACAAAAUUAAACAGUUUUAUUUGCUAAAAUGUAUCUGGAUCUGUUCCUUUAACAAGAAUAAUUGAUUUGUUUUUCAUUUGUCUCUUAUUUAUAUGACUUAAUCUUUUUUAUUUUAAUAUUUUUGUUUACCAGUAGCUUUUAAGUUAAAAAUAUUAAAUAAAACAACAAAAAAUUGUAUCCUUAAAAUAUUUAUUCUUUUUAAAUUAUAUUUUUUACGGCCACAGUUUCAUGUGGACGUAUAUUGUCGUCGCCCCUGUCCAUCCACAAUUUGUUUAUGAACACUUUACAGGUCACAGUUCUUAUCCAAUGUAACACUGUUAGACCUUAAUGAUGAUUGAGUUCGAAUUUCGUGAAAAUCGGAUAGAAACUGCCAGACAAAAUUACUGCUCUAUGUUCGCAAAUAGUAUGUAAUAUCAAGGUUAGGGACCCUUGAUGAAACUUAAAACAUGUGUUUAUGUCUCAAAGAUCUCGUUUCCUUUUGAUAUUCCCACAUAUCGGACAACAACUUCUGGAUUAUGGCCCUUGAUUGUACGAAAAAAAUCGCGAUUUUAGCUUGUGGACCCUCUAUAGGUCAAAGUUUUUAUCCAAUUUUAAAAAUUGUUUAAAUAUAUCACAGUUACGCCCCGAUGUUGAUUGAGUACGAAUUCGUAAAAAUCAGACCGAAACUGCCCAACAUAAUGGCCACGCAAAUAGUGUUAAAGUAUGUAAUACCAAGGUUGUGGACGCACAAUUUUUGUCCAAAUUUUAUGAAACUUAAAAUAUAUGUCUAUAUCCCAAAGAUCUUGUUUUUUUUUUAUAUUCAUGCAUAUCGGAUCGUAACAUCCUGAAUUAUGGCCCCUGAUUGUACAAAAAAUUCAGUUUUUAGCUUGUGGACCCUCUAGAGGUUACAAUUUCUAUCCGAUUUUAAAAAAAACCAUUUAAAUAUAUCAGUGUUUCAACCUAGUGACGGUUGAGUUCGUAUUUCAUGAAAAUCAGGUCGAAACUGCUCCUUGUACGCAAAUAGUGUAAAAGUGUGUAAUAUCAUGGUUGUCAGAUGUCUUAAUUUUUAUCUGUUUUUGUUGAAACUUAAAAUAUAUGUUUAUAUUCCAGAGAUUCCAAUUCCUUUUGAUAUUCGCGCAUAUCAGACUAUAAAAUCCUGGAUUAUGUCCCCUGAUUGUACGAAAAAUUGUUCUUAUUUUAGUUUGUUUGCUUUCCAUCUCAUGCAAAAUGUGGGCAUAUCUUGCAUGGCAACCGCUUGUUUGGUAUUGUGAUUAAAAUUAUUAUUGUUUUUAAUUUUAAUAUAUAUUAUGUGAAAUUAAACUACCAAUGUUAAAAAAAUGACUCAAAUAGGCAUAAAAGCAGAAGGAUGUCUUUGGUUUAAUUGGACAUAUAUAUACAUGUAAUGUCAACUCUAUUAUUUUGUUCUCAAAAAAUUGUACUGACUUUAAUGUCUGUCUUUUCUUAAAGUUACAAUUUCAUAUUUUCUAAGAAAGUCAAAACAUAAUUAUUUCUAUGCCUUUUGCUCAAUUGGUUGUCAACUCACUAUUAUACGAUCAUAGGUUAUAUUUCUCACACUUAAAAAUCUUCACACCGGAAAUAAUAACACAAUUACCUCCCAAUUACCUCCCUUGUUUUCCUAUUCCCCACCAUGGAAUAUUUAUCUUCAAACGUUUGAAUUCGAAGUUGAAAAUGAUAUUUUUGCCAAUUUCUCAACUGGCAAUAGUGAAUUAUAGGAUUAAUAGGAUUAUUCUUUAACAAGGUAUGACUGUUUAUAGUUACGAUCUAUUUUAGGGCUUUAUUUUAAAAAUAUAACUUAAAAAUAUGAAAUUGUAACUUUAACAUAGUUGAAUAAUGAUGAAUUACCAUGUUAGUUCUGAAAUGACCUAUUAGAGUUAAGUGAACAUGUUCUCUAUUUUCUGUAUGAUUUAAAAUACCAAUAACUUCAGUUACAUCAAGCAAAAUGUGUAUGAAAAAGUUAUACUCAUAUAAAUCAGGUCCAACUUGUGACAUUUCUGCACUGUAUUUCAAUGGUGUCAUGUGUGGUGUGUGUUAGGGAAGUUUUACUUAUAUUACUGUUGUGUUGUAAUAAAAAAUGAUAAGCCAAA